AAUGACCCAAAUUUCUCCUUGUUAACUUCCUCUUUACAGCAAUUCCAGCCCAGACACGUACCUGUGAUGCUCUCACGGACCUCUGCGGUCCAGGAGCAUUGCUGGGGGUGUGUGGUGUGUGUGCUGUGAGUCUCCUGGUUGUCUGAGCAACGACGAUGUUCAUCACCAACUCCAGGGAUAAUUAACUCAUUUUCCUGUAUUUAUAGCAAUCCAAUGCAGGGACUGUUGGCACUUAUCCCUGAUGGGACCACAUUUGGCUACAACAUCUUCAAUUUUGGCUGCUUCUUGCAGUACAGCAGCUUUGUCAUCCCUGCUGCCUGAUCAUUAAGCCUGAAAGCAGGCAGCUCGUUAAGGCAGUAAGGGCAGAGGUGCCUGGGGGUGAACCAUCAGCAGCUCCCCGAGCGGGGCUGCCGGUGGAUGCUCACCUCUGUGUGCCCUGCUCCUGCUCUGCCAGCGCGGGGGAAGUUGGCAGCAGCAUUCUCAUCUCCAGGUGCCUGCAGAUGCCUGGGCUAAUGCAGUGUAGCUCCCGGCUCAGCUGCCAGCAAGGAGAAAUUUUGCUGCUCCAGGGUUUUUGUUGCAGGGUUGUGAUGCAAAGAGGAGCUGGAGCGUCCUGACUCGGCACCGCGGCGGCGGGAGACCUGUGGGGAAAGACAAGGAGCUUCUUCUCUGCAUCCGGGCAUGUGUUUGCCAGGUACCUUCCCAUCAGCUGGGACAAAUCCAGACCUGGACAAGGGGCUUGUUCCUCCCAGAUGGCCAUCAAACAGCUCGGGGAUGAGCGACGAGCGGCUCCCCACAUCUCCCUGCUGCCCCACCAUGGAGGGGGACAGCAACGUCUCGGCCCCUGGCUGCCCCGAGCGCUGGGUGGAGCCCCGGUUCACGCGAGCAGCCAUGGUGCGGGUGACCAUCACGGCCAUCCUCUUCGUGCUGGCGGCGGGCAGCAACGCGGCGGUGCUGGGCAGCCUGCUGAGGAAGAGGAGGAAGUCCCACGUGCGGCCGCUGAUCCUCAGCCUGGCGCUGGCUGACCUGCUGGUGACGGUGGUGGUGAUGCCGCUGGAUGCGGCGUGGAACGUGACGGUGCAGUGGUACGGGGGGGAUUUCUCCUGCAAGCUCCUCAACUUCCUCAAGCUCUUCGCCAUGUACGCGGCCGCGCUGGUGCUGGUGGUCAUCAGCCUGGACCGGCACGCGGCCGUCCUCCAGCCCUUCUCCCGCGCUCGCCGCCGCAAUGGUCUGCUGCUCCGUGCUGCUUGGGUCGGCAGUGUGCUCCUGGCCUUGCCCCAGCUUUUCCUGUUCCACCUGCACACAGUCCCAGGAGGGAACUUCACCCAGUGUGUUACUCACGGCAGCUUCCGAGCACACUGGGAGGAAACCAUCUACAACAUGUUCACCUUCACUACCCUCUACAUCACCCCCCUGAGCGUCAUGAUUAUUUGCUACAUCCAGAUCAUUUGGGAGAUCACUAAGCAGCUAAAGAUCAACAAAGGUUUGAUAACUCAAAAUGACCACAUCUCCAAGGCACGCAUGAAGACUCUCAAGAUGACCAUAGUGAUCGUGGCCACCUUCAUCAUCUGUUGGACCCCAUACUACCUCCUGGGCUUGUGGUACUGGUUCCAGCCAGCCAUGAUCCAGAAGAUGCCAGAGUAUGUCAACCACAGCUUCUUUCUCUUUGGCUUGCUGCACACAUGCACUGACCCCAUCAUUUAUGGGCUGUACACCCCCUCCUUUCGGGAGGACGUGCAGUUGUGUCUCAGGGGCAUCGAAACUGCCAUUACCAGGCACGAGAAGCACAAACCUGUGCCAGUCUCAGAGAAGAACAUCAAAGAUGAUGCUGCUAAUGGUGGAGUGGCAUCAGGAGGCUCCAAUGGGACAACUGUCAACACAGUCUGCUGAAGAGAGGUACCCAGAAGGAGAUGGGAGACACAGCUUUGGGAGCUGCUUUGUCCCAUAGAAUCAUUCUGGAGACUGUCAUAAGGAGGUUUGCCACCCAGCUUUGGUCAGUGAGGG